AUGUUUCAUCGUAAUACGCAUCGUAUAUUUGGUGUUUGGAAGAAUCUCGAUCGGUCUGGUCGUUCUAUAAUAGUUGAUGUUUAUGCGAGCGAUCCUCUUCCCAUUUUCUUAACAAUCCAUGAUCAG